AUGCCGAAUAUAAAGAUAUUCGGCGGUAGUUCCCAUAAGGGCCUGGCAGAGUUAAUUGCGGAGCGACUUGGUGUUAAUCUCGGCAAAGUAGUGACAAGAAAAUUCAGCAACAAUGAAACCAGGGUGGAGAUUGGGGAAAGCGUCCGUGGCGAGGACGUUUACAUUAUACAGAGCGGAUGCGGCGAUAUUAAUGAUAAUAUAAUGGAACUUUUAAUCAUGAUUAACGCGUGUAAGAUUGCGUCUGCUGCUCGAGUGACUGCUGUUAUACCUCUGUUUCCAUAUGCUAGACAAGACCGGAAAGACAAGAGCCGUGCCCCUAUAACCGCGAAGCUGGUAGCCAACAUGCUGUCUGUGUCAGGUGCUGACCACAUCAUCACGAUGGAUCUGCACGCCUCACAGAUACAAGGAUUCUUCGAUAUCCCCGUGGACAAUAUCUACGCAGAACCAGCAGUGGCAAGGUGGAUCAAAGAAAACGUCCCCGAAUGGAAAAACUGCUGCAUCGUGUCACCUGAUGCAGGUGGCGCCAAGCGAGUAACUGCGAUGGCGGACAGGCUUAACGUGGACUUUGCUCUCAUCCACAAAGAGCGUAAAAUGUCGAACGAAGUAGCAUCAAUGGUGCUGGUUGGUGACGUCACGGGCCGUGUUGUCAUUCUUGUCGAUGAUAUGGCGGAUACGUGCGGUACUAUCUGUCUUGCUACGCAUAAACUAAUCGGAUCCGGAGCGUCGGCCGUUUAUGCAAUCUUGACGCAUGGUAUAUUUUCUGGUUCCUCCAUCUCACGUAUCAAGGAUAGCCAGAUGCAGAGGGUUGUGGUGACUAAUACCGUACCGCAAGAGAAAAACGCAGAUGACUGCAGCAAGAUCGCAAUUGUUGACAUAUCUUCGAUUUUAGCCGAAGCCAUUCGACGAACACACAACGGCGAAUCAGUGUCUUACUUGUUUAGUCACGUGCCUUUGUAG